CCCCUUCUUUCACCAGAGCCCAGGAGUCACCGCCAGGGAGAGGAGGCUGUUCCCUGGUGAUGUGGGGCUACCUGGCCCUGCUCCCAAUCUUCCUGGCAGUGUGGUCUAUGGCUGGAGUCUGGACAGUCUUUGCUUUGGCGGUAUCCAACAAGUCUGUGAAUCUCACAGAUGGCUUUCCCUACAUCAGUUACUGUGGGUCUUUCCCUCCUCAGAGCUGUAUAUUCGGUCAGCUUCUGAAUGUUGGGGCUGCCAUGGUUAUCUGGAUCUGCAUCCUCCGAUACGUCCAGUUCCGGGAAUGGGGGGUCCCUAAGUUUCCCAAUCAGCUGUGUCUGGGGAUAGGGCUCCUCUGUGCCUUGGGGGUCUCCAUCGUGGGCAACUUCCAGCAAACAAAUGAGCCCCUCACACAUAGGCUUGGAUCCUUCCUGGCCUUUGUGGCGGGGGUAGCCUACUUCUGGACCCAGCUGGUCCUGCUGUAUCUGACCAAACCUCAGACCCAGCCAGGGGCCCCCUGGAUCGAGGCCCUUCGUCUGCUGCUCUGCGGGGCCUGCACUGUCCUCAUGGUAACCAUGGCGGUGCUGUACCUGUGGCCCCUGCGGUCCGCAGCGGCCGUGUGCGAGUGGUCCAUCGCCAUGAUUCUCUUUGCCCUCUUUGGCCUCCUGGCCGUGGACUUUUCCCAGCUGAGUGGCUUUGUUGUAAGCCUGCGGAGCAGGCCAGACUCCUGCCCACAGAGUGCCACCCACCUGACCUCUCUUUAG